AUGAAAGGCGACGUCCUCGCCGUCUCCAUCCGUCACCCCCAGGCCCCAUUCCGCCUGCCCGAGAACCAAUCCCAAACCCCCAUUAUCUGCAUCGCAGCCGGAACCGGCAUCGCCCCCUUCCGCGGUUUCAUCCAGGAGCGCGCUCUCCUCCUCGCGCAGGGCCAGACGCUAGCACCCGCGGCCCUGUUCUUCGGGGCGCGGUCGCCGGAGCAGGAUGAUUUGUAUGCUGUGGAGCUGACAGAGUGGGAGCAGGCUGGACCGGGUGUGGAGAGAGAGAGAGAUGUUAUGGAGCUUUGGGGGAUGGGGGGGAAGACUUUUGUUUGUGGCUCUAGGGGUGUUGGAGACGGGGUUAGGGAGGCGAUUGUUAAUAUUUUGGUUGAGGCUGAGGCUGAGGGUAAGGAUGAGGAUGGGGUCAGGGCGAGGUUUGAAGCGGUUCGGAAUGUGCGGUAUGUGACUGAUGUUUUUGAUUAG